GUAUCGUGGGCAUGCGCAGUAGAGUGGCUACAGUGCUAGCAGCUGAGUUGUGUGUGCAGUUAUUUAAAGACAUUUAAAAUGGCUAGUUGUUCUUGGGCAGAAAACAUACUCCAGCUCCUCCGUAAAAUGAAUAACUUUUAUUUACCAGGUUCGUGUCGUUCAAGCUGCUUUCGUUUUGAGAUUGAAGGAGCCCAGGUCGGCUGGAUACCUCCUCACGUAGCUUCGCUUUUAGCACGCUAUCCAGACGUGUUCAGUCCGCCACACCAGGGUGCAGUGACCCUCUGCCACGGCCUGGACUCGUACGAAAAGAGAUCCGAGGCUGUGAGUCAUGUACUGCAAUCUCUCAGACAGGAGCCCUCUUUAACCUGCCUUAAAGGAUGGAGAGAUGAAAAAUACAGUGUAAUGCCCAGAUUUUCAGACUGCCCUUUGAUGUGGAUGGAAAGAGCAGCUACAAGUCUCUUUGGGGUGAAGCGGUAUGGAGUUCAUAUCAAUGGCUACACUGUCAGUGACAGUCAGGAGGUUUGUAUGUGGUUGGCACGGCGCUCCCACACCAAGCAGACGUACCCUGGGCUCCUGGAUAACAUGGCAGCAGGUGGGCUGGCUGCUGGUGUUGGCAUCAAACACACUCUGGUCAAAGAGUGUCAGGAGGAAGCCUGUGUUCCAGCAGCCACAGCUAAGAAGGCUCGUCCAGUUGCAACAGUAAGCUACACAUAUGAGGAUGAAGAGGGUGUGUUUCCAGAAAGCCAGUUUGUCUUUGAUUUGGAACUUCCUUUGGAGUUUAAGCCCAUAAUAGGGGAUGGAGAGGUGCAGGAGUUUUACCUCCUCCCCAUAGAUAAGGUGAAGGAACUGCUGGCCACUGAUGACUUCAAACCCAACUCUGCCAUGGUAGUCUUGGACUUUCUCAUAAGACACUCGUACAUUGACCCUGACACAGAGCCGUACUAUCAGGACUUUGUGACAGGACUCCACCAGAUAUUAUAGAACGAAGAUGAAGAUUAAACUCAUUGUGCCUGAGGCACCAUAUGUCAUGUGGUGCCAACAUUGUUGUUCACAUUUACAGUUGCAAGAAACAUCAUAAAAAUGUGAACUUUUCUUUAGUGUUUCUUCAGAAACACUAAAGAAAAGUCAUACACUUUAUUGUACAACAUGUUAAUAUUAAAUAUAGUGAGUUAUUAUAUUUCACAGGUGUUUUUCAUGCAGUUUUGUUCAGUGGGCUCAGCCUGAUAACUGCAGGUGAGUGGUUCAGAGGAUGGCUGAACCACAUGAGUGCUGGAUCUAAGAAUGACAUGUAAGAGUUAUCAUGCACAACACUUUGCAGGUGUCAUGCAGACCUCAGAGUAAAUAUGCUCUAUAUUAUCUAUAGUCAUAGUACGACCUUUUAAGUUCAAAGUGCAAUUUCAGUUUCUGCACUUCCACCCAUUAAAUGCAGUAAUCAUACUUGAUUCAAAUCUAGUCAUCUCCUUAUAUACUGCAAGUCUAUAGGAUAAAAAUGUAGAGAAGAAAAAUAUGUUAUGUUAUUCUUUUGAGAGAAGAGAAGAUAAGCAACCUCAUUAGAGUAAAGCACACAUGGAUAUUUGCUGUGUAGGCGGGUGGUUUGUGGGAUCCAGCACUGGUCACAUAAACCUGACAGAGUGUGGAGCUGUGUUUGGUACAGCUGAAAAACUGUUUACACAGUGAUAUAUACGACAAUAUACACAUAUAACACUCCAAAAGAAGAAUGUUUUGAGAUUCCUCACAGCAAUAAAGUGGAAC